AUGUCUUUCGGGUUCCAAUUCGACGACUCGGAGCUGGACGACGAGUACGUCUCGCUAGCGUCCACACCGGCGCCGGCUGCGUCCACAUUGACCUCGAAUGGCGACGCCUCCUCGGUCCCACAAGCGCCGUACCAGUCGUACCCGCUCGACGACAUGCUCGAGCAUCUGCCCUCGCGCAUAUCGUAUUCGUCGAUCAGCAUCCCGCUCGCUGCGCACGGUACCUCUGUGCAGAUGCUGCGGCGCGACCUGUUCGAUGCGCGCUUUCAGAUGCUGCUCGACGACGAGGAAAGCCCCGAUACAGGCAUGGAUGCGCAGGUGGACGCGCAGUCGGACUUGAUACCUGGCGUGUACGAAGGCGGGCUCAAGACGUGGGAGUGCGCCCUGGAUCUCGUCGAGACGCUCGACGGGCUGCAUUCCGGCCGGUGGUCGGAACACUUCACCGGCAAACGCAUCCUUGAACUCGGAUGCGGCACGGCCCUGCCGUCGCUAUUCAUGCUGACGCAGGUACUGAAUGAACCAGCCGGGGUGGAGAUGACCCUGAACCUGGCGGAUUACAACGCGCAGGUGCUGCAGCUUGUGACGCUGCCCAACGUGCUACUCGCUUGGUGGUCGUCUGCAGCGGCGGCUGAGUUUAGGGCGGGUGCAGGCGCCCAGCAGACCGCGCUGGAACGACAGGAGCUCGCACGGAGGGGACAGGACCAUUUCGAUACCGCACCAGAACACGCAGAUGGACACGGUGAACUGGCCAUCACCCCGGAACUGGUUUCGGCCUUCCGCACCUCGCUGGCCGCACACGGCGUGCAGGUCAACUUCAUCGCGGGCGCCUGGACGAAUUACCCACCACCCGCCCAGGGGAUGGAUCUCAUUCUUACCUCCGAGACCGUAUAUGCGCUGCCGUCACUGCCGCCACUCGUGCAAUUGCUGCACACGUACGCCGCUGCAGAUGCGGCAGUGCUGGUAGCCGCGAAAGUCAUCUACUUUGGCGUAGGCGGUGGCGUGGAAGCGUUCAAGCAAACACUAGCCCAACUGGCGCCCUCCGCCCAAGUGGUUCCCUUACACACCGUCACGCGCGGAGUGGGUCGCACGGUUCUUUCAGUCACAUUCUAG